UCGAGUGCUGCAUAAUCAGAUGGCGUGAACAGGAUCACAACAAAGCAUCCAAGUCCCGAGUGCCUAAACGAGACCCGGUCCCACCGUGAGAUCUUCCCGGCGAUCGGACAGACACUAAACAGUCAGACUGAAAUGAUCCCAACUCGCGUCGUCAAUUCCAGUUUUUUGGGAGGAAGACUAUACAGCACCUCGACCCGUCACCUAUAUAGAUCUGACAUAGCUAUGCCGCCAAUAAUUCAUUUUGUGCGUCAUGCUCAAGGCACCCACAAUAUCUCUCUCGAGCAUAGUCAUAUACCGGAUCCAACUAUCACUGAGCACGGCAUCCAACAAUGUCACGAGCUAGAGAGAGACUUUCCCCGCCACUCGCACGUCGAUCUCGUGGUGUCAUCUCCUUUCCGGCGGACCCUGUACACAGCAUUGAAAAGCUUUGGUCCCGUGUUCAAAGCAAACCCGAAGAUGGAAAUGCUCUUACAUUCGGAUUUGCAGGAGGUCUCCGAUUUUCCUUGCGACGUAGGAAGUGAGCGUGCCGCGCUUGAGUCAGAGAUUCGGGAUGAGAAGGUCCCUGCCGACAUGAGCUUGAUUUCGGAUGGUUGGCAGCUCAAGCGUGGGAGACAUGCUCCAACCCGCGAGGCCAUCACCCUGCGUGCUCGCGAUAUGAGAUGUUGGUUAAAGGCUAGACCCGAGAAAGAGAUUGUCGUCGUCACACAUGGGGGACUUCUUCAUUAUUUAACCGAGGAUUGGGAGGAAAACUGUAGAUGUACAGGCACUGGCUGGAUGAACACAGAGUAUCGAACGUACGAGUUUACAGACGAGGUCCACGAUGAUUUGGGUGGAAUAGAUCUUCAGGGACGCAAUGUUAGUUUGGUUGAGACCGAAGAGUCUCGCACUCGCCGCGGAAAGCCUCGAAGUCCCCCGACGCGAGAAGAGCAACGGACACUCUAUAAGCUGGGAUUUGAGGGCUGGGCCGCGCAGGGCCUUUGUAUGAAUGUAGCCGAGCUGGAGGCGAAGAACAAGACCGGAACAGCUUAGAUGAAGAUAUUACCUAGAACGAUACGAAAAAUGGUUAUGUA